AGCAACAUCAUCUAACCUUCUCUAUAAAUACGUUUUCUCCUCCUCCCUCCCAAUCCCCCUGUCGUCUGACUCACUGAAUCAAUUUUCUCCAAUUCCUCUCCAUUUCUCCGCUGCUGCGCGUUUACCUUAAAGCUCGAUUUCCUCCUCCUUCGAUCUUGAUCCGCCAUGGAAUUCUGCAUCAAUUCUGCUCGCGACUCUGUUUCUUCCUUCAACUGCAUCCUCUUCGAUUUGGAUGAUACGUUGUAUCCUUCCAGUACCGGAAUAGCCCAAGCUGUCAAGAAAAACAUCGACGAUUUUCUCGUCGAGAAAUGUGGAUUCCCCGAAGACAAAGCUUCGAGUCUCAGAGUCGAGCUCUUCAAAACCUACGGCAGUACUCUCGCCGGUUUAAGAGCAUUAGGCUACGAAACUGAUGCCGAUGAUUAUCACGCUUUCGUACACGGAAGAUUGCCGUACGAUGUGAUCCAACAAGACCAUCCGCUACGCAAUCUAUUGCGAAGCAUCACACAGAGAAAAAUCAUUUUUACAAAUUCAGAUCGGAUUCAUGCCGUAAAGGUUCUGAAAAGGUUGGGAUUAGAAGACUGCUUUGAUCAAAUCAUUUGCUUCGAAACGUUGAAUCCCAAUCUGCCGAAGUCAUCGCGUCCCGAUGAAUUCCCUGUUGUCUUGAAGCCGUCACCGGAGGCCAUGAAAAUUGCUCUUGAAGUUGCCGACGUUGAUCCUUGCCGCACGCUACAUGGCCCGUUAACCAGCGGGAGCAGUUAGCUGCAUACCAGGCCCAAUUCUUUUUCCUUUUUACGUUUUUUUUUUUUUAAUUAAAAUCAAUUAAACCCU